UUUCUUGGUUUUAGCUCUUCGCUGUGCUAUUGCUCUUCCCUUGGUUUUAGAUGCUGUGGCCAGUCAGACCCAGAUACCUUUCGCUUACGCCUCCGCCACGCAGACACUACGGAUUAACGCUCGCGCGCUUAUUCCUCCUUUGCACGUUUCUUCUCGUAACCCAGUCGCCUACUUUCUCAACCGUCACCUCUCACGUUCUCGCGACAGCCAUGAGUACCGCCGGCACAGACGGCGCGAUAGCGGACGGCGCGUCGCCCGCGAUCGACGCGGUGAAGAACACGACAUCUUUAAUGUGCCGAAGCGAGAACCACGGAACCACCACGUGCGCGUCGAACUACGUGGUGUACUCGAGCGAGGCGAGCGGGUACCUGGCGGAUUUGAUCGCGCAGCACCUGAGCCUCGAACGCGGGGCGGUCAUCCGGAAACAGUUCAAAGGAGGCGAAAAGUACCUGCGAGUGCUCAUGGACGAGAACUACCAGCUGGUGGGGCAGGACGUUAUCUUUGUAGCGGCCACCCACACGGACGAUGAUCUCUUGGAGUUGGUGCGUCUGGGGUGCGCCUUCGCUGCUUACGGCAGCCGGCGCCGCAUCUUCGUCAUCCCGUUCCUCGGCUACAGCACAAUGGAGCGGCAGGUGUUACCGGGGGAGGUGAUAACCUCCAAGGUGAAUGCGCGCAUCCUGAGCAGCAUCCCCAACAGCAAGCUGGGCAACAUCUUCCUCUUCAUGGACCUGCACGUGCAGUCGCUGCUGCAGUACCUUGAAGGGCCCUGUACCCGCAUGGAGCUGUACGCAGAGCAGGCGCUGCUGGAGGGCAUCAAGGCGCAUCUGGACCUAUCGCAGCCAUUCAUGUUCGCCUCGGCUGAUCUCGGCCGUCCACUGUGGGUGGAGAGCUUUGCCCGCAAGUUCAACGUGGAUGUGGCGUUUGUGAGGAAGUCCAGACACAUGCAGGAGACGUCGGUGCUGGGAGUGGUGGGCGAGGUUACAGGCAAGCAUGUGAUCAUAUACGACGACAUGACACGCACCGGAGGCACACUGGUGAAGGCAGCAGAUGCAUACAUGGCUAAAGGGGCCAGUCAAGUCAGUGCGGUUCUCAGUCACUUCGCCCUGGCGUCAGAGGAGGUGAUCCGCAUGCUAGAAGAGAGCUGCAUCAGUGUCAUCAUCUCCACUAACAGCCACCCCAUGAGCAUGCAUCCAUCUGUCACUGGGGCGAAGCCCAGCAAGUUUCGCAUUUUGGAUGUGUCCCCUAUCUUUGGCGAGGCGAUUAUGAAGCUUAUGCACGAAUAGAGAUUGCAGGUGCUUACAUGUAUGGAUGUGGAUGUGUAGUGAGCAAACACGGGGUAUCGUAUGUAGUUGGUCAGGCCUUAGGAGUCAAAGUGUUGGGCUUUUAAUGCAUAAUUCAAAGGUAGAGGAAAUUUCUAGAGAGCCCAGCCCACCA